AUGGCGGCGCUGGCGGCCGUGGCCAAGAAGCUGUGGAGCGCGCGGCGGCUGCUGGUGCUGCUGUUCACGCCGCUGGUGCUGCUGCCCGUGGUCUUCGCACUCCCGCCCAAGGAGGGCCGCUGCCUGUACGUCAUCCUGCUCAUGGUCGUGUACUGGUGCGUGGAGGCCCUGCCCAUCUCGGUGACAGCGCUGCUACCCAUCAUCUUCUUCCCCUUCAUGGGUAUCCUGCCCUCCAACAAGGUCUGCUCCCAGUACUUCAUGGACACCAACUUCCUCUUCCUCAGCGGCCUGAUCAUGGCCAGUGCCAUCGAGGAGUGGAAUCUGCACCGGCGCAUCGCCCUCAAGGUCCUCAUGUUUGUUGGAAUCCAGCCAGCCAGGCUCAUUUUGGGCAUGAUGAUGACCACCUCCUUCCUGUCCAUGUGGCUGAGCAACACCGCCUCCACCGCCAUGAUGCUGCCCAUCGCCAGCGCCAUCCUCAAGAGUCUCUUUGGCCAGAGGGAGGCUCGGAAAGACCCCAACAGGGAGAGUGACGAGAACGCAGCUGCUGCCCAGAGAAACGGCCUGCACCCCGUGUCCUCGGAUAUGCAGUUCUUUGCCAGCACCGAAGACAAAGACUGCCCUGAAGAAGUGGAGGCGCCUCUGGACCUGCAGCCUGGCUCCAAGAAGGAGGAGGAGUACCGCAAGAACAUCUGGAAGGGCUUCCUCAUCUCCAUCCCCUACUCAGCCAGCAUCGGGGGCACCGCCACCCUCACGGGCACCGUCCCCAACCUCAUCCUCCUUGGCCAGCUUAAGAGUUUCUUCCCGCAGUGUGACGUGGUAAAUUUUGGCUCCUGGUUCAUUUUCGCCUUCCCGCUCAUGUUGUUGUUCCUGUUUGUGGGCUGGCUCUGGAUAUCCUGUUUGUACGGAGGAAUCACCCUGAGGGGCUGGAGGAAGAAGAAAUCCGAAAUCCGGACUAGUGCCGAAGACAGGGCUCGAGCCAUGAUUCGGGAAGAAUUCCAGAGUCUGGGGCCCAUCAAGUUUGCUGAACAAGCCGUUUUUGUCCUUUUCUGCAUGUUCGCCGUUCUCCUGUUCUCCCGGGACCCGAAGUUCAUCCCCGGCUGGGCCAGCUUCUUCAUCCCCGGGUAUAUUUCCGAUGCUGUCACUGGUGUGUCCAUUGUCACAAUUUUGUUCUUCUUCCCAUCCCAAAGGCCAUCUUUCAAGUGGUGGUUUGACUUCAAAGCCUCUAACGUGGAGACAGAGCCCUUGCUGACGUGGAAGAAGGCACAGGAGACGGUGCCCUGGAACAUCAUUCUUCUCCUGGGCGGGGGCUUCGCCAUGGCCAAAGGCUGCGAGGAGUCAGGACUGUCUGCAUGGAUCGGCCAACAGAUGCAGCCCCUGGAGAGCGUGCCCCCCGCCCUGGCCGUGCUGGUCAUCACCGCUGUCAUCGCCUUCUUCACCGAGUUUGCCAGCAACACCGCCGCCACCAUCAUCUUCCUGCCUGUCCUGGCCGAGCUGGCCCUCCGUCUGCAAGUGAACCCUCUGUACGUGAUGAUCCCUGGCACGGUCAGCUGCUCCUACGCCUUCAUGCUCCCGGUCUCCACGCCCCCCAACUCCAUCGCCUUCGCUUCUGGACACUUAAUGGUCAAAGACAUGGUGCGGGCAGGAUUCCUGAUGAACUUGAUGGGUGUCCUGCUGCUCAACUUGGCCAUAAAUACCUGGGCACAGACCAUCUUCCAGCUCGGCACCUUCCCAGCCUGGGCCAGCACCCACUUAGCCAAUGCCACGCUGCUGCCGCCUACCUUGAUCAACACCACAUCUCGGACCCUCUGA